AUGGCUACCAUUUUGGUGCUUCCAUCUCCACCGAUUCAUGUCUACAAUUCAAACUUCAUGCCUCGCCUUCGAAUGUCUCAACCAUAUUCCAAUGCUUCCUCUCAAUUCACCCAUAUAUUGAAACAACCCUAUUUCAAUCAAUUGACACAAGCUCACAUGAAUAUCGGGAGUAUGUCGUGCUGCAAACACAAGAGAGAAAAAAAAAGAGCAAUGCUUGCGGUAAAGUUAAACAGUGUGAUUCUGUCAAGGAAGCCAGAUAUAGGUGCGAGCAAUUCUAUAGUUUUUCCAUCUAAAAAUGAAGAAGAAAGCAAGCAUAUUGUCAAAAAUUUACCUACUGGUGAUCAUCAUCCACUAUCUCAACAACAGAGAGUUGCAAAGCAUGUGCACUCAGUCGUGUUACGAUAUAACUAUUACCACAGAAAACAACAUCCAGAGCUAGGAUUUGUGGCAUUUAAGGAAUUCUGCAAUUGGCUGUGGAUCUAG